AUUGUUAGCCUACCUGUCCGUCGCCUUUUCACUUUCGUCGUACGUUCUGCUGUGUUAAGACGUCCCCGCGGGUCGUCACCGGAGAGAUGUACACCCAAGUCCUCCUCAUUCUUAUUCUGUGCGUCGGAUAUGCAUACCCAAUAUUUCCCCCCAAAAGGCAGCAUCAGGGCCGGCAUCAGGGCCGGCACCAGGCCCGGCAUCAGGCCCUGCCACAGAUCCGGCCUCGCGCCCGGCCUCACGCCCGGCCGCAGGCCCGCCCCCACGCCCGGCCACAUGCCCGGCCUCAGGUCCGAGGUCAGGUCACGAAUCUAUGUAAGGAUAUAGUAGGCCAGAAGUUCCUCAGCCAUCCCUCCGACUGUAACAAAUACAUACUGUGUAUCGGCACCACGCUUCACAACCUCAACUGUGGUACCCAGGUCUGGAAUAACACUAUUGGCACAUGUGUCAAUAAAAACACGAUUACAGGCCCCGACCCUUGCCAGAACCCUAAGAGAUGGGGUCCGCCACAGAUCUAUGCCUCCCCACCCCGUAACAUGAGAGGAGGAAUAAGAGCGCCUUGGAGAUUCGCCAAGCCCGUGUGCCCUGCUAGGUCAAAAAGGAGGAUCGCCCACCCAGACAAAUGUGCCCAGUACUACGACUGUGGUUCCGACCGUAAGGAAGACUGGUGGGGGACCAACCUCAGGGAGUGUCCUUACCCCCUCCUCUUUAACGUCCGACGAAGCGUGUGUGAUCAUUACGAUAACGUCAGAUGUGGCCGCAGGCGAAUCCCUCUCGACCCCUGUGAAUACAUUGCCAACCAAUGUAGAACUAUUUCCUGCCUUCCAUGCAUCUUGCGCUUCGGAACAUGCAAGAAACUCCCGAACGGAAUUCACCCCUGGAAAAACCGCGAAAAAUCACCACACUUUUUGGUGUGCAAAGAUCAACGUGUUGUAUUCCAUGGGGAAUGUAUGUCUCCCAAUGCUGGAUACAAGUUCGUGUUCGACCCCGUCAUCCACACCUGUCUCCAGUCUAAGGAUGUCUACAAGUUCCCAUAAGACUCAACCAGGAUUUCUUUGUCAAAAUAGGGUAUUCAAAAGGGAUUAAUUUAUGUUGUUUUUUUCAAAUUGGUAUUGAAGUUGUUUCGUGUGCCAAAUGUUCCAAUUAAAAUCAACAUCGAAACCUUUUAAUAAUAAAUAACGGAUAUUAUUUGUAUUGUUGUUUUAGAAUGUAAAGUAUCUUGUACCCAAUACAAAAGCAGAACGUUGAUCCAUCACCCAAAUCUCAUUGGCGGUACCACUUAAAAAACCGGAAGCAACACCGGGUUUAAAAAAAAUAUACACCACAUGUGGCACCUAUCAAAUGUUUGCUAGUCAAAUCAAGGCAAGUACUCAGGUCACAACUGAUCUGAGUCACAGUGACUUAGGUCACAGCUGAUCUGAGUCAGAGUGAGCAAGUCUUUGAUCGUGAGACUGGAGUCUUACAUUAAAUAACAGACAGUGUUAAGUUUACAACCAAUUAUUGUACAGAUGAUAAGAGACAGAAACAGUGUCAAAACAUUAGACAACAACCCUUACGAAUAAAACUGGAGGUGGAAAA